AUGGCAACGACUAUGAAAGGCCUUCUUAAGGGUCUUCGUUACAUUACUCAGAUUUUUGACGAAGAGAAAGAGCAGGAGAUGCAAAUAGGGUUUCCCACUGAUGUAAAGCAUGUUGCUCAUAUCGGUUCUGAUGGUCCAGCCGCCAAUACUCCAAGCUGGGUACGGUCAUCAUACAUAAUAUUUGUCUCAAUUUAUACAAAUGUAAACUCAUUAUGUCCUUUCCCGCAGAUGAAUGACUUCAAACCUCAAGAACAUGAGAAUGCUCAAAUCGUUUCAAGAGGCAACUCCAACAAAUACAACCCUCAAGACCAACGUGGAGCGGGGCUAAAAGAGCUACUUCCUCCAACUGAGAAACUGAAACAUAAACACAGACGUAAACCAGGAAGCAGCGGAAGCGUUGCAUCAACAGAGGAGCCAGCGAAGCAGUCAUCAAGACAUAACCGAAGCAAACACGGUUCAAUGGACUCAUCAUCGAGUGAUCAAGAACCUUCGGUACGUAGAAGGCGUAGUGGUGGUGAAGGCUCUACUAAUCAUAUGCUUCUUCCUGAUGGUUCUUCAGCUCCUCCACGGAAAGGUAAACCUCGGAAACAAAAAGGAUCAAUAGGAGGAGAAGGAUCGGUGAAGAGAUCAUCAAAAGGAAAACCAGAGACUGAGAGUUGA